GCCAUUGCGAGUGCACUGUUUCUGGGUGUCUAGCAACAGCUACCAGCCCAGACAACCGGCGGCCACGGGAGCGGUGUUUUUCAGUGCCUUUUAACGAUUUUAUACCGCCGGUUUGUCGUACUUUAGACCAUUUUAGCUGAAGUAGAAGGAGCGUCAGCCGUGAUCCCUGCACAGAGAUAUGAGCGGCAGCGGGCGGGCGAGGACCAGCUCGUUUGCUGAGCCGCCUGGAGUCCCCGGCGCCGCCGCCGCUGCUGUGGGGAGCAGCUCAGGAAAGUCCGGGGUCCCACAGGCCUCCGGAGGCAGCUCAUCGGGAUGCGCCAACAUCAAAUUGUCCAGAGACAGUGGCAAAGUGACAACAGUUGUGGCCACUCCGGGUCAGGGCCCAGAUCGCCCACAGGAAGUGUCCUAUACCGACAUCAAGGUGAUCGGAAAUGGCUCCUUUGGUGUUGUGUACCAAGCUCGACUCAUCGACAGCCAGGAGAUGGUUGCAAUUAAAAAAGUUUUACAGGAUAAACGGUUUAAGAAUCGAGAACUUCAGAUUAUGAGGAAGCUGGACCACUGCAACAUUGUCAGACUACGUUACUUCUUCUACUCCAGUGGGGAGAAGAAAGAUGAAGUGUAUCUCAAUCUUGUGCUGGAUUUCGUCCCUGAGACGGUGUACCGAGUGGCGCGGCAGUUUAACAAGGCCAAAAGCAUCAUCCCUAUCAUUUAUGUGAAGGUGUACAUGUACCAGUUGUUCCGCAGCCUGGCAUACAUCCACUCUCAGGGCGUGUGUCACCGAGACAUCAAGCCCCAAAAUCUGCUCGUCGACCCGGAGACUGCCGUUCUCAAACUCUGCGACUUUGGCAGUGCUAAACAGCUGGUGCGCGGCGAGCCUAACGUGUCGUACAUCUGCUCCCGGUACUAUCGCGCUCCGGAGCUCAUCUUUGGAGCCACAGACUACACGGCCAACAUCGACAUCUGGUCGGCCGGCUGUGUGCUCGCUGAGCUGCUGCUGGGACAACCUAUCUUCCCCGGGGACAGUGGGGUGGACCAGCUCGUGGAGAUCAUCAAGGUUUUGGGAACUCCAACCAGAGAACAGAUUCGUGAAAUGAACCCAAACUACACAGAAUUCAAGUUUCCUCAAAUCAAAGCUCAUCCAUGGACCAAGGUGUUUAAGCCGCGCACGCCGCCAGAGGCCAUAGCUCUGUGCUCCCGUCUGUUGGAGUACACUCCGGCCUCGCGCCUCUCUCCUUUAGAGGCCUGCUCUCAUGCCUUCUUCGAUGAGCUGCGGCUGCCUAACACUCGUCUGCCCAGUGGCCGAGAGCUGCCCCCCCUCUUCAACUUCAGCACUGCAGAGCUCUCGAUCCAGCCUCAGCUGAACUCCACACUGAUCCCUCCUCACGCUCGCUCUCACACGGUCUCCUCCGCCCACGAUGGCAGUGGUUCGGAUUCGUCUCAGCACAGCUCAGUCCAGGGCUCUCUGAACAGCAUCUGACCCCCUCAACCUUCCCUCUCUGACUCUCCCUUCUCUUCUUUUCUUCCCCUCUCCUCCACUCCACCCUUCUCUCAGACACACUCACUCACUCUUGUCCCCCGACCCGUGCUGCUCCUCUUCUGUUGGUCCCAUCUCAUCUUUCUGUGAACGCAUUGAGCUCCCCGUCAGCAGGGGGUGCUCACACGUUUUUACCUCAGUGCUGCCUCAGUGGGAAGUGAAGGUUCAGGGGCUGGUCCUCUUCUUAAAUAGACUCUUUUUAAUCUUUU